ACCCACUUAAAUUCGAAAUUGUUAUUCGAAAGGACGUGUUUCAUAAAUUACUGCAGUAAUUGUUGGUUUAUUAUUAUUGGAAAAAGUAAUUACUUAAUAAUUAUUUAAUUGACAUUAAAUAGUUUAAACCUAGCGAAGAUUGUCUUAUGUCUUCAUUGUUCUCAUUUUUAAUUAGUGGUAUAAUAUUUCGUGUAGCUAAUUAUUAAAAGGUUAGCAGUAUCUGUAACUUAUAAUUAUUUUAUUAGUGUCUGAACUACAGUGGAGUCAUGUUGUUAGCGCGAGUGUUAAACAGAGUGACGGAGAAGAGAAUGUUUAUUGUAAAAUAUAAGCAUACGAGUAUCUGGACUGCUGAAAGGACUGUGAAAUCGCCUUUUGACGACGUAGUGAUUCCUGAGACAACUAUCGCUGAAUAUGUGUGGCGGGAUUUGGGCAAAUGGUCCGAUAAAACUGCAGUGAUCUGUGGCGUAACCGAUAGAAAGUAUACGUAUUUAGAGUUAUAUAAACAAUCCCAGACGUUUGGUGCUAGUUUGAGGAAAAAGUUCAAAAUACAGGAUGGUGAUGUUGUUACUAUUAUGUUAUCCAAUUCACCAGAAUAUGCCACUGUUACAUUGGGUAUACUUGCAGCUGGAGGAGUAGCUUCCACCAUAAACCCACUUUACACUGUUUAUGAAGCCCAAAAACAAAUUGCAUCCUCCGAGACAAAACUAAUAGUGACUAGUCCAGAAAAUGUAAAUGUAGUAAAAGAAGCCAUAAGUUUAAGCAAGUUAAACAUACCAGUUAUAAUAGUAGAUUUCGAUAAAGAUCGACCUGAUGAUACGGUUUCUUUCAAGGAACUUGUAAAUGACCCUCAUAUAGAUAAAGAUAUUUUAAAAGGAGUUAAAAGAUCAGCUGAUGAUGUCUCUCUUCUGCUGUAUUCAAGUGGUACAACAGGACUUCCUAAGGCUGUUGAGUUGACGAAUAAAAAUAUUGUUGCUAACUGCCAACAACAAAAUGCGGAAAGGUGCAAAAAGUUCAAUGAUACAACUGAGACAAAUCAAGAUAUAACACUGGCUUAUCUUCCGAUGUUUCAUUGCUAUGGGUUAUCAGUUAUCAACAUUCACAAAUUGUCAGUUGGCUUAAAACUGGUGACUCUUCCCAAAUUUCGUCCCGAUACUUUUUUAAGUACAUUGGAAAAACAUAAAUUUGAUCUGAUGUAUGUGGCUCCACCUACAGUUUUAUUCCUAGCAUCAAACCACCUAGUGAAAUCAAACCAUUUUGAGAAGCUACAAAAUGUAUUAACAGGAGCAGCGCCUUUGCCACAAGCUGACGUGGAGCGAUUUUUGAGUAAAAUGGACCAUGAAGUACACUUUGGUCAAGUUUACGGUUGCACUGAGGCUGGGCCAGUUGUGACAACAACACCCAAUGAUCAUAAAGAUUAUAGCUCAGUUGGAUUUACAUUACCAAACUCUGAAUUAAGGAUUGUUGACAGUGAAAUGAAUAAUAUGGGUCCCAAUGAGUUAGGAGAGUUGCUGAUAAAAGGACCAAAUGUGAUGAAAGGUUAUAAAAACAACCGCGAGGCAAAUUCACAGGUGUUUGUAGAUGGUUGGUUGAGGAGUGGUGAUUUGGCAAAGAUCGAUGAAUCUGGUUAUGUUACUAUAGCCGAUAGACUAAAAGAACUAAUAAAGGUAAAUGCUUUCCAAGUUCCACCAGCAGAAUUAGAGAGUAUUAUUAGGGAACACCCAGCAGUUUUUGAUGCAGCUGUAGUUGGUGUACCAGAUGAUAAAACAGGGGAAAAGCCUAAAGGUUUCGUAGUCCUGAAUAAAGAUUCCAGUACGAGUGAAAACGAUAUAAUGGAGUAUGUCAGUAAGAGAGUAGCACCAUAUAAGAAGUUAAAAGAAGUACAGUUUAUUGAUAGCAUCCCAAAGAAUCCAUCAGGAAAAAUUUUAAGAAGACUUCUUAUAGGCCUUUAUGAAGACGACCGAAGUUAUAUCGAGGACGAUAACGGCACGAACUAUUUAAUUUCUGAGGCCUUGGAGCGCGGUUGUUCAUUGGACGUAAACGACGUCAUGUUGUUAACUAAAGCGUUAAAAGGUGUAAUAGAAAAUAGAGGAUGUUUAUCCAAAAUGAAACACAUUUGGACUGUAGAUAAGACUGUGAAAUCUCCGUUUGAAGAUAGAGUCAUACCGGAAGCAACCAUUACUGAAUAUCUGUGGAAAAAUUUGGAUAAGUGGUCAGACAAAACAGCAGUGAUUUGUGGUGUAACCGACAGAAAGUACACCUAUUUCGAAUUGUACAAGAAGACAGAAAUAUUUGGUGCUACUUUAAGAAAAAAGUUCAAGAUCAAAGAUGGCGAUGUUGUUUGUGUUAUGUUACCCAAUUCACCAGAAUAUCCGAUCGUACUAUUAGGUAUCCUUACUGCUGGUGGUUUCGUUACCACUGUCAAUCCAAGUUACACUGUUUAUGAAACGCAAAAACAGAUUAUAUCAUCUAAUGCGAAAUUAAUUGUCACUGACCCAUCAAAUGUGCCGACAGUUAAAGAAGCCUUAAAGCAAAGUAACUUGAGCAUGCCAAUUAUCGCCCUUGAUUUUGAUGUAGAUCGACCUGAAGAAACAAUUUCUUUUAAGGAACUUAUUAAUGACAAUACUUUGGACAAAGAUGUUUUAAAAGAGGUAAAAAGAUCAGCUCACGAUACAUCUUUACUGCUAUAUUCGAGUGGUACAACAGGGCUACCUAAAGGUGUUGAGUUGACGCAUAGAAAUAUGGUCGCAAAUUGUGAACAACAAUACGAAAAACUGAUCCAGAAAUUCGAUGAUACCACAGCUUCAAAUCAAGACAUAGCACUCGCUUAUCUUCCUAUGUUCCAUUCUUAUGGCAUAUCGGUUGUUGCUCUUCAAAAACUAUCGGCUGGUUUAAAACUAGUGACGCUUCCGAAGUUCCAACCAGAUACGUUUAUUAAUGCAUUUUUAAAACACAAAAUUUGUUGUAUGUACCUGGCUCCUCCUACAGUUUUAUUUCUGGCCUCGAAUCCUGAACUGAGCUCAAAGCAUUUCGAAAAAUUAAAAUACGCAACUGUUGGGGCAGCGCCUUUACCAUUGGCUGACGUUGAUAGAUUUUUGAGCAAAGUGGGCCAUGAAUUGCACUUUGGCCAAGGAUACGGCAUGACUGAAGCAUCACCUUUGGUGACGAUAUCACAAAACACCUCGAAGAGAUACAACACUGUUGGUAAUGCCCUGCCAAAUUGCGAACUAAAAAUAGUGGAUAGUGAUAUGAAUGCUCUAGGUCCCAAUGAGCUGGGAGAGUUGUUGGUCAAAGGUCCAAAUGUGAUGAAAGGUUAUAAAGAUAAUCCAAAAGCAAACUCAGAUGUGUUCGUUGACGGUUGGUUGAGGAGUGGGGAUUUGGCGCAGAUUGAUGAAGAAGGAUAUGUUAUUAUAGCUGAUAGAUUGAAAGAACUAAUAAAGGUAAACGCCUAUCAAGUUCCACCAGCAGAGUUAGAAAGCAUUAUUCGAGAGCACCCCGAAGUGUUUGAUGCAGCAGUAGUUGGAAUACCAGAUGACAAGACCGGAGAAAAGCCUAAAGCAUUUGUAGUACUUAAUAAAAAUUCCAGACUUUGCGAUAAAGAUAUUAUAGAAUACGUUAAUAACAGAGUAGCACCUUUCAAAAGAGUAAAAGAAGUUCAGUUUGUCGAUAAUAUUCCAAAGAAUCCAUCUGGAAAAAUUUUAAGAAGAGUUCUUAAUGAAGAGCAAGCUAAAUGAUUUGAACUUUUUUUUACGCAAAUAGGCUCGCGUUUGACCAUGAUCUAACUUGAUGGUAAGUGUAGAUACAGUUUAUGAUGGGAUACGUUUGCCUAGAAGGUCAAUAGCUCAGGGAUUAUUCACUCUUUUUUUGAAGAUACCCAAGUUUUAAGAUUCAGGAAACACAGACUUGGGAAGGGUAUUCUAAACCCUAGCUGUGAAUAAAAGAAAAGUAGAAUUAAUGAAUGUUUACUACUAUUAGUUAAUAUAUUUAUAUCUAAUUGUGUUGAACUUCUCAUGUAAAUAUUAAAAAAAAAACAUAAUAUCUAUUGUUUACAUUUGUUUAUGUACUUAAUAGCUGGAUUUAAAGACAAUUUCAAUGUCAUGGCCUUAAAAUAAUGCAAAAUUGGUUGUUAUAUUGAAAAAAACUCUAAUAAAAAGAAACAGGAAGUCUUUUUUUAACAAUAUAAUAAUAUUAUGUAACCCAAAAUAGAAAAAAACUACAGAUAAUCGAUACUUUUAUACGUAAAAACAAUUAAAGAUGCCUCAAUUUUAUGACAGUUGUAGAAGCUUUUGUCAACUGGUAGAAAAAUAAAGUAACAGAUAAAAAAUAAAUGAAAGAAGAGAACCAUUAAUUGUAUUAGGAAAUGAAAAUGAAACAAAAGAUGAUAAGUAAAGUUUAUGCAACAUUAUUAUUGCAAGUUUAUGCAUUUAAAGUUUAACCAAUAUUACGUAAGAAUCGGUUUUACUUAUAGUUGUUUGGUGAUCAAGUCGUAACGUUCAUAAAUUUCAAAAGAUAUGUAAAUCAAUGAAGUCAUAAAAACAGGAACCAGUAGAAUUUAUGAACAUUCUCCGAUAGAAUAAUCAUUUCAUUGGUAAUAAAUCGUAAGAAUAUAAUAAUGUCAAAUGGUUAGCGAUUUAUUACGGAGUCAAAGGAGGUGAACCAAGAUUAAUGGUAUUAGGUAAGGACGUUGUGUCUUAUAAUACAGGUUUACGUCCUUGAAGACCUGCUUAAUAAAAUGUAUUCAACGCAAUUGAAGUGAUUCAAAUUAACUAAUAGGAAUUAUUGUUGUACAAUUUAGUUUGACUACGACUUAAAAAUAACUAAGUAACCACAACUAACACUUCUCUAGUUUUUGUGGUUCCUCAAUCUCGAAUGUGAUUUUAACUAAUUCGGUACAUAAAUAAAAUGUAAUAAUAACGUAGCCUGUGCGAUUAAAGAUUAAGUCAAGUGGCAAUUGUUAAUAAUUUAAAAUGAAUUAGAUGUACAUACCUAAGUUAUUGAUACUUACCCUUACAAAUUAUAGUAUAGUAAUAAAAAAAACAUGCACAUGAAUUCAAGCAAAUGACCCAGAUGGUAAGUAAAUAACCAGCCAAGUGCAAGUCGGACUCAAGCACGAAGAAUCCGUACAAUUAUGUAUAAAAUUUCAUUUAAAUUCUCAGCCUGGAGUUAAGAAGUCGGUGUUGCGCGCCUCGAAGAUCACGUUAAGCCGUUGGUCCCGGUCAUUAUCAUUAUCAUCUAACAGUUAAUGACUAUUAUUACUUUUGUAUAUUUUAGUUUUACUUUUGUAUAUUUUAUAUUGGGUAAAUACCUUUAAAUAAAAAUUAUUAUUAUUAUUAUUAAUAUUGUCAACCAGCAUUAGAACAGCGUGGUGGGUCUAAGUUCCAUAUCCCCACUCCUAUAUGGAGGGAGGUCUGGUCCUGUAGUGAUCGUUAAAAUAGGCUGAUGAUUAUGAUGAUGAUGAUAUAUUCUCAUAAACAAACUUCUUCAAUAGUAAACAACAAAGUAUAGUCAAUAAGUAUAUUUUCUAUUUCUAUAAAUAUUAUUCCUGCUCAGCUUGAUAAAUAAUGUAGUAAAUUCUUAAUUUAUUAGAACAAUAAUAUCAUCGAGGUGUUUUUAUAAUACAAAAACAAUCUUGUAAGUAAUAAAAUGAUCGUAAGUCAUUUUUGAAUAUCUUUGCUUUAAAUCUAGGCGCCACCGAUUUAUUUUUGUGAGGUUUUCCCGAAUCGAAGGCGCCGUUUUAUUUGCAUUCCUCAGUGACUCUUCAUUCCUUCGCAUUAUUAUAAAUUGUUUACUAUAAAAAAAAGAAAUCAUAAUUUACAAUGAUCACUUCGCGAUUUUUUGGACGUAGUAUUUUGGGUCCAUUCCACAUUUGUAGAAUUUAUUAAAAGAAAGAUAUUUUUGACUAAAUAUCAAAAUUAGAUUUGAAUGUAUCUAAUAAGAUAAGCCUGGCAAUAGUCAUGUCAACGGUAGAAUACGACACUGUACACUUAUAUAUAAUAUUCAAAAAAUAAAAUAAACAAAAUGAUUUUUUAAGUUCAUUUGCCAUAUGAACUUAAAAACCCAUCAUUGGUCAAACCAUUGGUCAUUGACCAAUUUUUUUCGAGAAAUUAUUGAAACUUUAAAUUACCAACAACCGAAGGAUCAAGAAACAAAAUUGUUAAUAUAAUGGUGAGAGGUUUGGUUUUUAAAUAAUAUACUUACUUAUCCCAAAAUGUGUGAUGAUUUUCCUCAGGGAUUUUAUCGUAUAGAAUAGAAUAUUUCACUUACAAAUUAUAAAUAUUUUAAUUGAAAAAAAAAUUAUGAUGAUUACACUGAAUGUGGACAGAUCCUUAGAUAUAAAAGGAAAAUAAAGAAAAGACACUGAUAACGAUGGAAUUCGGUUUUUAAUUACGUGAAGGUCGUAGCCUAAACAAUCUUGAAGCAAAAAACUAGUUUUAGAUUACUGUUUGAAAAAAUAAUUUUCUGCUCCAACGAGAUGACAAUAGCGUUUUUGGCAUUCUUGUGGCUUUAUUGUUUCAUUUAUUUUUUAUUGGUUUUGUUAAAUUUUUCGAAGAUUGUGGUUAUUUAUAUAAGGAAGACGCCACUUCUAAUAAUUAUAUAGAUAUUUGACAAAAAAAUCAAAUAUAUACCAAUAACUAUUUA